UCAGGCUGCGGCAGCCGGUUAUCCGCCGGCCGGUGUUCCCUCCGCCUUUCCGCAAGGUCCCCGCGGCCCCGGGCGAAGCCCUCGGUUUGGGAGCUGCAGGGUGGAGACCUGCGUCUCCUCUGCCUCCGGCUCGGGCGGCUGCUCGGCUGCUGUGGGCCUGGCCCCCGGGCGCCCACCAUGGCGGGGCCGCGGGUGGAGGUGGACGGCGGCAUCAUGGAGGGGGGCGGCCAGAUCCUGAGGGUCUCCACGGCCCUGAGCUGUGUCCUGGGCCUCCCCCUGCGGGUGCAGAAGAUCCGCGCGGGCCGCAGCACGCCUGGCCUCCGGCCUCAACAUUUAUCUGGACUGGAAAUGAUUCGCGAUUUGUGUGAUGGGCAACUGGAGGGGGCAGAAAUCGGCUCAACAGAAAUAAUAUUUACACCCGAGAAGAUUAAAGGUGGCCUCCACACGGCGGAUACCAAGACAGCAGGGAGCGUAUGCCUCUUGAUGCAGGUCUCAAUGCCCUGUGUUCUCUUUGCUGCUUCUCCAUCAGAACUUCACUUGAAAGGUGGAACUAAUGCAGAAAUGGCACCACAGAUUGAUUACACCGAGAUGGUUUUCAAGCCAAUUGUUGAAAAAUUUGGCUUCAAAUUUAAUUGUGACAUUAAAAUGAGGGGCUACUACCCAAAAGGGGGUGGUGAAGUGAUUGUCCGAAUGUCACCAGUUAAACAGUUGAACCCCAUCAAUUUAACUGACCGUGGCUCUGUGACUAAGAUAUAUGGAAGAGCUUUUGUUGCUGGUGUUUUGCCAUUUAAAGUGGCAAAAGAUAUGGCAGCAGCGGCCGUGCGAUGCAUCAGAAAGGAGAUUAGGGAUCUGUAUGUUAACAUCCAGCCUGUUCAGGAACCUAAGGACCAAGCUUUUGGCAAUGGAAAUGGAAUAAUCAUUAUUGCUGAGACAUCCACAGGCUGUUUAUUUGCUGGAUCAUCGCUUGGUAAACGAGGUGUAAAUGCAGACAAAGUUGGAAUUGAAGCUGCUGAAAUGCUGUUAGCAAAUCUUAGACAUGGUGGUGCUGUGGACGAGUAUCUACAAGACCAGCUGAUCAUUUUCAUGGCAUUAGCCAGUGGCGUUUCCAGAGUAAAAACAGGACCAGUUACUCUCCAUACACAAACGGCUAUUCAUUUUGCUGAACAACUAUCGAAGGCUAAAUUUACUGUGAAGAAAUCAGAAGACGGAGAAGAUGCCUCUAAAGAUGCUUAUAUUAUUGAGUGCCAAGGAAUUGGGAUGACAAAUCCAAAUCUGUAGGGUAAUUGCCUUUUAAAUGAUACCUCAAUGAUGUAUUGCACUAAUCCACUUCAUAAAUACUACAAAACAGUGAAUAAGAAGUAACUUAUUAAAGGACUUGACUUAAAUUUGGAGAUGAAGUACAGAGUGUUCUAGAUUUGCUGAGAAUACUUCAUCAAAUUAAUCUCGCUUUGAAUAUCUUCUGAAAUAUGAACAAUGAAAUAUAACAGUUGGUGGAUGUGUAUGAUAGCUGAUUUCAAUAUUAAUUUAUUGAAAUAAAAUAUUCUUUUCACUUGAA